CGCUGAUUGGUGGAGCGCCGUUGGAGGAGCCGCCGACGUCGAAACGUGAACGACCCGCGUCAAGCAGCAGCAGGAGGGGAGGACCAUGGACGCCCCACGCGACAUUGAUUUGAACGAAGAAGAUGACGAGAUGAUCUUGGAAGACGAAGUUACGCAAGAGUACGACUUGGGCGACAUGCCAGAUGACGAAGACGACGACGAUAUGGACAUGGGCGAUGAAAACGAAGCGGAAGUCACGGCAGAAGUCGUUGAUGACGCUCGCCUGGUGUUCCGAGGCCACACCGGACCUGUGUAUGCUCUUGCGUUACACCCUUUGGACAAGAGCAUCGUGCUGAGCGGUGGCGGGGACGAUGUCGGUCUCAUCUGGAGCCUCGACGACUUGUCCGUGAAGCAUGUGCUCAAAGGUCACGAAGAUUCCGUGGUAGCAGUUGGCUUUAGCUGCGACGGAACGUACGCCGCCACUGGCGGGUAUGACGGCGUCGUCAAGAUCUGGGUCGUUCAGACGGGUGCCCUCGUCCACACGUUGGACGGUCCUUCUCAGGAAAUCGAGUGGAUCAAAUGGCACAACAAGGGCAACGUGAUUCUCGCGGGGUCAGCUGACGGUACGGCGUGGAUGUGGCUUGCCGCGACCGGCGAGUGCAUGCACGUGUUUGCCGGCCACGAAGACUCGGUCACAUGCGGCGCCUUCACGGGAUCCGGGAAAAUGAUUGUGACCGGGUCGGCGGACUCCACCGUCCGGCUGUGGAACCCCAAGACCGGGGAAUGCAACCACGUCUUUCGAGGACAGGAGUUCCAUGAAGGCCCGAUCUGCGACGUUGUAUGCCAUCCCAAACAACCUGUCAUGAUCUCGUGCGCCCAAGACGGCACUGCGCGCCUCCUCCAGCUUCAAGGCAAGCGCCAACUCGCCGUUUUUGUCCAUGGCGUGUCGGAUGCCGCUCGCGGCACUGUCACGGACGACGAAGGCGGCGCCGUGAGCUCGGUGGAAUGCGCUGGGUUUUGCAAUACCUUGAACUGGGCUGCGACGGGCGACCUUGGUGGCGAACUGCGCAUUUGGGACUUGGCCACGUACCAGUGCCGCCACAUUUGCCGACAUGAAGCUGGCGUGAUCAAGCUGCUGUGGCAUCCCACCGAGCCGUUUGUGUACACGGUCACGACCGAUGGAGCGAUCCACGUGUGGGACGCUCGCAACGGCGAGCUGCAGAAGCGAUUGACGGGCCACACGGAAAUGAUUCUGGGAGCCGAGUUUGUCGUGCGCCAAGGUCUCACAACAGACCUUGUCACGGCCAGCGAAGACGAAUCCGUGCGGAUAUUCACGCUCAACUAAGCCCGUCCGAGACGUUCGUCGACCAAUCUACCCCUGUAAAGAAACGUCUCAUUUCGACGCGAUUUCAUCUCCCCCGCUUGUCUCCACACCACCCCUCGUGCAUUCAAAGCACACAUGGCGAUAUCGUGUUUGUGUCGACCACCGACCGACUCGACCCACUUGAAGGCGCACCGUUGUCACUUGUGCACGUGCUAACUUGGCCCAUAACCAAUCUCCGCAGCCUUCUAGGGCGACUUUUCGUUUC